AUGAAAAGUUCCUAUUUAAACUUUCUACGACAGCAUGCUCCACAAUUAACUCCAAAACUUUACCCUACGCCGGUUGUAACCAGGUGGAAUUCUUGGUUUAAAUCUGUGAUUUAUUUGAAUGAAUAUAUGCAGCAAAUUAUCGAUUUUCUUAAUGAAUACGAAGACGACAAUUCUAGCACUAUUUACCUCAAAGAAUGUUUUGAAAAUGACAUUCUAACCAGUAAAAUUCAAGUUCAACUUACAUUCGUAUCAGAAUUCUGUCCGAAAAUUAUGAAACUAAUUGACAAUUUAGAAGGUUCAAACUAUUCGUUUGCACACAUUUUGUGGAGUAAAUUAGAAGAUUUGAAGUCCUCUCUUCAGCGUCAAUGUGAAGGCUCUUUUGGCGAAAAAACAAUAAAUAUUUUAUCAACCGAAAAUUCUAUCGAUCACAGCAUGAUGUUGAAGACAGCAGCUCUAAAGAGCUAG